ACUACAAUUGGAAUUUGAGUACGGCGGGUAUUUUUGGACAGGAGAGGCGGAGGAUUUAUAUGAUGCAUCGCCGUCCGACGGUGGUGCCGGAGAAGCUUUGGGGAUAUUAGAUGAACCAAGUAUGGUGGAGCCUGCAACAAUUCCGGCACAUUUUGAAGACAUGCAUUGCCGAGAGGGACCUUUCAACCGGAAAGUCUCUCCAUGCUAUAUACAUCAAGUCCUUUCUUAUCCCGCCGUCUACCUACAUUUCCAACCACUUCAUCCUCCUCUACUCCAAAUGCCGCCGCCUAUCCGACGCCCGGACGGCAUUCGACUCCACCCCCUUACCGAAUGUGUUCUCUUACAACGCCAUUGUCGCUGCCUAUGCUAAAGAAUCCCAGCCGCAUGUUGCCCACCAGCUGUUUGAUCAAAUUCCCCAACCAGACCUCGUCUCUUAUAAUACCCUCAUUUCCGCCUAUGCCGACCGUGGAGACACCGUCCCUGCUCUUCAACUGUUUCUUGGUAUGAGGAGAAUGGGGCUGGACAUUGAUGCGUUUACGUUGUCGGGGGCAAUCACGGCUUCUUGUGAUGAUAAAAAAUUGAUUGUUCAGCUUCAUUCUUUGGCUGUUUCGGGUGGGUUUGAUGCGUAUGUUUCUGUAAAUAAUACGCUCGUUACCUGUUAUAGUAAAACUGGCCAUUUAGCUGAGGCCAAGAAGGUUUUUGAAGCAAUGGGAGAGAUUAAAGAUGAGGUUUCCUGGAACUCGAUGAUUGUUGCUUAUGGACAGCACCGGGAAGGGUCAAAAGCUCUGGCUUUGUAUCAAGCAAUGGUGCGGAUGGAGUUAAAGGAGGACAUGUUUACCUUAGCCAGUGUCUUAACUGCAUUUACAUCCAUGGAGGACUUUCAUGGUGGGCUUCAGUUUCAUGCUCGGCUAAUCAAGAUGGGUUUUCAUCAGAACCCCCAUGUUGGAAGCGGCUUGAUUGAUUUAUACUCAAAAUGCAGUGGUGGUAUGCUGCAUUGCAGAAAGGCGUUUCAAGAAAUUCCUGAUCCCGACCUAGUUCUCUGGAACACCAUGAUAUCUGGGUACUCGCUGUUUGAGGAGUUCUCCGAAGAGGCUGUUGCUUACUUUAGGCGCCUGCAGCGUGCUGGCCAUCGACCUGAUGAUUGCAGUUUUGUUUGUGUGAUCAGUGCAUGUUCUAAUCUGUCGUCCCCUCUGCAGGGGAAACAGAUUCACUCUUUGGCGAUCAAAUCUUACAUUCCAACAAACAGAAUCGCGGUGAACAAUGCUCUGAUUGCAAUGUAUUCCAAGUGUGGGAGUCUUCAAGAUGCCAUGAGAAUAUUUGAUAGGAUGCCUGAGCAUAACAGUGUGUCCUUGAAUUCCAUGGUUGCAGGCUAUGCUCAGCACGGGUGUGGCAUGGAAUCCCUUGUGCUUUUUGAACAGAUGCUUGCAGGGAAUAUGGCUCCCACAAGCAUAACAUUCAUCUCAGUCCUGUCUGCAUGUGCACACACUGGAAAAGUUGAGGAAGGCAAGAAAUAUUUCAAUAUGAUGACUGAGAAAUUCGGGAUCGAACCAGAGGCAGGGCAUUACUCAUGCAUGAUUGAUCUUUUGGGUCGAACCGGCAAGCUGGAGGAAGCAGAAAGCCUUAUUGAAACCAUGCCAUACAGUCCUGGAACUAUUGGCUGGGGCUCAUUGCUUAGGGCUUGUAGAACACAUGGUAACAUAGAGCUAGCAGUGAAAGCAGCCAAUCAUUGUCUUCAGCUGGACCCUUCAAAUGCAGCUCCAUAUGUCAUGCUUGCAAAUAUGCACGCCAGUUCAGGGAGAUGGGAAGAAGUAGCAGCCAUCAGAAAGCAAAUGCGAGACAAGGGAGUGAAAAAGAAGCCGGGAUGUAGCUGGAUUGAGGUAGAUAAGAGGAUACACGUAUUUGUAGCUGAAGAUAUUUCGCACCCGAUGAUAAAGGAAAUCUAUGUGUUCUGGGAAGAGAUGUUAGAGAAGAUGAAGCAGGCAGGGUAUGUGCCAGAUGUGAGGUGGGCUCUCAUCAGAGACGAUGGGGUUCAAGAAGAAGAGAAGGAGAGAUGUUUAAGGCAUCACAGCGAAAAGUUGGCUGUUGCCUUUGGGCUGUUGUCAACAAAAGAUGGCAUGCCUAUACUUGUCAUCAAGAACUUGAGAAUAUGCGGCGACUGUCACAACGCAAUCAAACUCAUUUCUGCUAUAACAAGAAGAGAGAUCACUGUGAGAGAUUGCCACAGGUUCCACUGUUUCAAGGAUGGGCAAUGUUCUUGUGGGGAUUUCUGGUGAUAAAUUUCUAAAUUUCUGGCGUUUUAAUCAUUGUGUCAACAUUCUUCAGCCAAGAACAUGGUUAGAGAAAGAGAUUAUGGUGUUUCGCAAAUAGCUAUCAGUUGAUAACUUAUUCCAUUAACUGAUAGUAUUAGCUGA